CCGCACGUACGUACGCCGCCGACGCUGUGCUCGACGGUCGGCCACUAGUAGUAGUAAACACUUGUUCAGUGCGUGUGCACGCUUCUUACGUCAUUAGUGGUGCACUACACUAGCUGAUCAAUUUUUUUCCCGUUUUGUUUAUUAUCAUUAUAUACACACACACACACACUCGUAUUUACUUAUUUAUGUUUUUGCUUAUCCGUUAUUUUUCGAUUUUCUCCAAAAUAAAAAAAAAAACGUUGGGUAUUUUUCCCGUCGUCAGUGUUUUCGUGCGCCCUUUUUUUUUUUUCCGAAUAAUUCGUAUUCAUUAGUACAUUACUUACGAUAUUACUGUUAUUGUUAUUAUUAUUAUUUUUUUUUUUUUCCAAAAUUAAUGACUCCGGAGUUAUUAUGGAUAUAAACGGCGGUCGUUGCGAACAACAAUCCGCAGUGCUACUGCCCGCAUCCCCCGUGAUUUUGCUGGGAGUCCGGGAUCCGGAUGUCUUUGGAAUGUGAAAUUAUGCCGCGAAAAAGAUUUCCAGGGGAAACCCCUGUGCAUAAGAUAUGUGAGUAUUGCGCCCGCCUACGUUUUUAUUCAAAUUGCAAUAGUUGACCCUACGAUUCGUAGGCGCGCGUUAAUGGUGUUGUUUUUGUCGCGCGCAAAGAAGUCCAGUGCGUCUUGGAUGGACGUGUUUAUGAAUCGAAAAUAAUCAUUUUCGGGUACAAUUGUCCGUACGCGAUACGGUUGGGUCGUAUUUCCGACAGCCCCUAGUAAUUAUAGCUAUCAUAUUUUAAUAAUAACGUUGGACCGCCGUUGGACACUGGUAUUAACCGUUUUGUCCGUCAGAUGGUACUAGUCAUUACGAUUAGCUUGUGCGUGUAUAACAAUUAAUAAUAUUACACGGUAAUCACGAAAUGCGUGUGUUUAUUUUAUCAAUUCGCGCGAUUUAAAUUCGUGUCACAUAUCGCUGCGCAAACGUAAAUAACAAUAACACGUCGUUUACUUUUUGGAUUUUCGAAAUAAACAAUACGUUCCGAUCUUUAACCUCGCCUUUUUAUCGCUCGUCCGUAUCUCAUUCGCCGGCGCAGGGUAAUUUUCGGUUUUCCUCGCCGCCGCCCCCCCCCCCCCCCCCCACCCCCUCGUCGCACCCCGUCCGCCCGUUCGCCCACCGAAACAACAACAACAACAACAACAAUAAAUAAAUAAACGGUAUAUUAUUAUUGUAUAGUUGUUUUGGUAUAUUAUUAUGUUUUAUUAUUGUUAUUAUAUUCGGUUUUCGUUACACGCGGGAUAUUGUAUAGAUACCGUAGAGUAUGCACUGUACGCGGAGAAAUGUGCGGAUUCCCCCUGACCCGCCGGGCCUUGUCCCCGUCCGCUCCGCUGCUGCCACACCGUCACUUCUGUUGUCCCCCGCUCGGCUACCGCGCCACAUCGCCCUUCACCACUAUUCCUCCGGUCAAACGGGUCACGAGGAGUCCCCGGCGGAAUCUUACUCACAAUAUGUACCCACGUUGCCGCUGUGCGCCGCGCGCGCGUUUGUAUAUAAUGUACACACGCACACUCACCGUCCAAAGUACGUGUAUUCAUAUAUAUAUAUAUAUAUAUAUAUAUAUAUACGUAUAUAUACAUACGUAAUAUAUAAUAUGUUUAUAUAUAGUGUCGUAGUGUUGUCCCCCGCGUCUCGGCCACGUCGCCGCAGUCGUCGGCACCAAGGUUCCUUUUAUUGCGUUAUUGGCAUAUCGCGUCCCCGUCCCGCCCUCGCAGCACCGCUCUAUGUUGGCCGACCCGCCGCCGCCCCGGCCACCUCCGCUCGUCCGCCCGUAGCCGUUCUCGGGCACCGAGUCCCCGUUGCGUAUGUGUGUGUGUGUGUGUGUGUGUGUGUACGCGAGCGCGCGCGCGCGCGCGUGUCUUGUCUUUCGCGCGUGCGCGUGCGAGCGUAUCUCCGUGUUUACAACCGGGUUCUCCCGGGCACCUGUUCUCGCCGCUCGUUUACGCAUAAAUAUCACGUUAUUAUUAUUAUUAUUAUUAUUAUUAUUAUUAUUAAUACUCGCUCGCGAACGAACGGUACGAAUAACGUUCGACCGGAGACGCCCGGCGGAUACGUCGUCGAUACGCGGCCACCGCGUAGGUACCGCGCGCACACACACACACAACACAACACACACACAUACACACAAACACACACACACACACACACACACACACACACACACGUCUCCGAACCGUGCGCGCGUAAUUGUUACCGCGUACGUACGUAUUUGUGCCCGUGCGUAGUGCGCGUAAACAAUUAUUGUUGUAACGCGGAAUAAUUAUCGUACGCGUCGGUCGCAAUGCGAUAUUUAUUAUUACGCUGCACGAUCGCCAGUAAUAACGCGCGCCGGAACAGCGGUUAGGCGUAUCGGGUGGGGUGGGGGGGGGGUGUGCGGAGUGGGAAACGGGUGUAUUCUAACAAGUGGUUUUUUCGUAUCGGCCCGAUGAGUAAUAACAACAAUAAUAAAACGCGUACGCCGAAAUACUGUCGCCGUUCAAUUACAAGACGGACGACGAUAAUGACACAAAUAAUAAUAAUAUCAUUAUGACCUUUUUGUUUUCCGCGUGAUUCGACACACACGGCCGCGAGACCGCGACGUUCGCGAAUGUCAAUUGUUAUUCCUGGGAAUCCGGGAACGACUCGUGCGGCGCACGGCGGUCCAGCGGCGUUCGGCGGAGGAGGAGGGGCGGCCGCGCACGUCGAAUUAGUUUUUGAUUUAAUCAUCGGAGAUCAGCAGAGGCAGAGCGAAGAACGACGACGAUUUUCCACUCGUCUCCCACGCAGAUCCGCUAGUAGUAAUUUAAAAUGUUAUUGCGGAUAAAUUCGAAAUUGACGCGCGCGUUGAUGACCGUCUCCCCCACCCCUCCUCCUACUGUUGGACAGUGAAAAUAAAGUUAACACGAUUAACAAUCGAACCUAAUAGUUUUCGAGCGCGGAAUAAAUUGUUCCAAAUUAUUCUUAUCGAUAGUUGUUAGCAGCGUCGCGUGCGAGAGCCGUGGCGAACGCAAUACAUUAUCGCUCGGUGUGAAUGUGUUGUGCGAUCCGGGACGGUUUGCUCAGUAUGGCUGGCGUGUGUUUGAUACGGUUGUUUUUUUUCCCCUGCCCGCGUGUUGUUUUUUAAAAAAUACGUGGGUCGCGCCGCGGUCGUUACGAAAUAAUAUGCGUCUAUUGCGUUCGCGGCAUUCUGUCGAAGCAUAGAAUGAAAACCAAAAAGUACGAACGGGGUAAAUUAUCUCGAAUCUCGUGUCGCUCACCACCGCCCCUUUCGGCCUAUAACCAGCGGUAUUGUGUAAUUACGGGGCACGGAUUUAUGUGCUCUUGUAAUCCGCUUGAAAAUGUCAAAAAAAGCCCAGAAAACAAAAAAAAAAAAAAAACAACCAAAACGUCAGAGGGGUUUAAAAGUCUCCCUACCCCUUUUGAUAAUGAAAUAAUUUUCCAACUCUACAACGAUGACGCUUAACACAAAAGCGAUAUUUUUCAAAUAAAAUUGCGCGUGUUAUACGAAAAAAAAAAAAAAAACCAUUUUUUCGGUGUCCCACAGUUUUAUUUAAUAAGAUUAGAGGAGGCGGGGAAUUUAAGGUCGUUGUUGCCUUUUAAUGUUCUUGAGCGAUUUCGAGCGUUUUUUUUUUAACCCGUCGUUGCCCGACUUAUUUAUAGCAGGCGUACGGGAAAAACGAAUACAAUGACGGCAAGCAGCGAUAUUAUAACACAAUCGUGCAACCACAGCGUUAUCACCGUCAAACCCGUUAUCAAUACCAAGUGGAUUUAUUACGCGCACUCGUUAUGUUAUUAUUGUGUUUGACAAUAUGUACCACCGACGCGUUGAUAACGUUGUUGGGUUCGUCGAUCUGUCGGCCGCCCGUCCGACAAUACGUCAGCGGCGGAUGUAUCCUAGUUCCGAGGGGGGGGGAGGGGAGGGCGAUGAUUUUCGACACCGCGGAGGUCGAUGGUGGUUUAUUUUCUCUCCGUCGAUUGUUUCGGACCUUCAUUCCCCCGGGGUAUCCGCGAAUUACCGAAAUUUCCUGCGUGCCCGUGGAAAUUCUCCGGUCCUGUGUUGUCAGACGAUAACCGCCGUACCGGUGACAAUAAUCCUCAACCCGCCAACCCGCCAAUCCUCAACCCCUGACAUCCGCCGAGGAAACCGUACCGACGGUGUCUCGUCGCCGGCGCGUUCAAACGAACGAUCGUUUUGGACGCCGAGACGAUCGGCCGUUAACAGCAGUGACGGACAGUGCGGCCGAUUAGAUGCUCGUAAUUUAUUCGGCGUUGUUUCAGUAGCGGGCCGUCGGUCAAUAAUAAUAACGAAUAAUGAUAAUGUUCAACGACGGCGGUACUGUUGAUAUUGUUGUUUGUGCCCGCGCGUCGACAUUUUUUUUUUUUCUUUUACGCACGUUCCGUCGUGUUUCCGCGUGAGUCAACGUAUACAUAUAUUAAAAAAAAAAAAAAUUACGGACAUAAUUUGCACGUGGGUGCAGCGGCCACUGUUGAUGGUGGGACGUCGCAGGGAAGGCAGAAUAUGCGGAAGGUAAUUGGUCGUGUACCGUUGUGAGCAACGAUGAAAACCAUUGCUAACGGAAAAAAAAAACGAUUCUGAGCGGAGUUCAGUCGAUAGUGAUGCUUAAGUAAAAAAAAAAAAAAAUAACCCAAAGAUUUAUAGUUAAUAGAAUGUAUUGAAAUCUAAAUUUAUUUCAUUUUAACAUAGUACUGCUUUUUCAACAAUGUGCGUUUCCGCGUGAACAAUGACUGUUUAAAAAAGAUUUAAAAUAACACGAAUUUAAUUAUAACAAAAAAUAAAGAAAACCGGUUGCCAGUGACAAUCUUAUUUUUCAAUCUUUCAAUUUCUUUUAACCUAAAGAACCAGGUUUUCAUCUUUAUCUCGAAUAUUAAUGAGAAUUUCAAAAAAAUUACCCCUCUGAAGUACCACCCAGAGAACAUAUUUCCCUUUCAGAAAAGGUGCUAUACUUGAUAGUCGGAGUAGACUUCCUGGUAGAAAAAGUGCCCGCAUAAAAAAUAAAACAAAUAAACAUCAUUGUAAAAUCAUUGUAAAAAAAAAAAAAACAUAAAUUUCGAUAAUUUCUUUCGUGUUAUUUUUAUUCGGAGUUUUAUGUCGAACCGAGCGCCCCGUAAUUUUAAAAGCCGCGGCGCCCGUAUCGCUCUCCUUAACAAGGCCUUGAUUUUCAAACACCGGUUUUGUUUACAUCCGUCCGUCACUCGUACAACGUUAUACACGUGACGUUCAUUUCAUUGUAUUCUGUAUAGUUUAGGCAUAUUGUUACGUGUUCGGAAAUCAUUAUAUUUUUAAUCGUUACAAGCCAAGUCACGGCGGUGGUGGGUAAUUAUUAUUUUAAUCGCCGUGUGCCGAAAGUAACGUCAUUUCGGUGGGAAGGGUUGGAUGCGACGGCACUUUGGUUGUUUGCCCAGGUCAAACGUUCGGCCCGUCGGUCACGAGUCGGAAUUUCGGUUUCUGGGUUGUCGGGGCUUUGGGCGUAAAAAUAAAAAAAAAAAUAAACGUUUUGUACGACCCCAGUGGCGUAACCCGCAGGAUUUAUUUUUCGUGACGGGGAAUUUCGAACCAAUUUCUCGACGGGUUUUUUCGGACGGUGAAUGGGUGAAGUGCAUAUACGGCGACGUAUACACGUAUUCGAAAUUACAAAUAAAAUUUGAUGACUUCUUUUUAGUAUCAUUUUACAUUUAAAUCUCCAGCGCGAAUCGGAAAUUUAUAAUAGUAUACGAUUCUGGUAAAAGCGCGAUCGACGUUAUUAUUUAUUUAUACUGGCCUUUUGAACAUUGUAUAGUUACGUUAUAUUUACUUGUUACUAGCGGAUUAGAUAACAUUCAAUUUUAGUCUUUUUAGUCGAUCGUUAACAUUCGGUCGGACUGUAUAAGUCACAAUCGGGGCUGAAUUUUGGGACGGGUGGCAAACGUUGUAAUAAAAAAACGGCCAAAACGAAGUCGGAUAAUCUGUUUUAUACCGGGCAAUGAGCAAUAUUGUCGUUUAAAAUUGUUUUAUUUAAAUCGCGUUUAUACGAUCUACCAAAGUGUCUAUAACCUAAGCGUCCAUCGGGAGCAUGUAUAAUGGUGUUGUGACCGAGGAAUAUUAUAUAUUGUAAACCAGGGGCGGUUGAACGGGGAGGAGAUGAAAAAAAUUAAAAAUAAAAACAAACGGACAUACAUUCACACCAUUAGUGGGACACUGUCGUAGGCGAGAAGUUAGGAAGAUACAGAGGGGAAAUUUAAUGGAUAUCUGUACGCAACGAUUAAUCAUUGCUGGCGAAAAACGAUUCUGAGCGGAGUUCGGUUGUACGUGUUUUGAAAAGCCUUUAAUGGAUUUCAAAAUAAUGCAUUUCGUAAAUUUUCCAGGUUUUUCCCAUUUAUUACAAAAAAAACUCCCGGGAAAAUCGAAAAAUUACCUCCAGAUCGAAUUGCUCUCUGAGAAAAGGCGCUACACUCGAAAAUCUGAGCAAUAUUUCCGGUAGGAAAGUCGUAAAACCAAUGCGUUCCUCGAUCCGUUCAGAAUAUAAAAACGUCGUGAAGCGUAUUGCGCUUGACUAGUACUUCCGUCAUGCACUCCUUAUCAGACUACUAUCAAUAAUGAUUUGAUUGUUUGGAUCCAAACAAUUUAAUUGUACAAUUAAAAACGUAUACACAAACUAUUUCCCGAGUAUUUGUGUAUAAUGCGAUUUGUUGACCAUUGUUAAAUAAGAGAUACCCAAACGAGUUUGUUUGCAAUAAAAUAAUUUUUUAUGUACUCAAAACGUGUAGGACAUAAUGAUUUUCGAGUUACUUUGCGUACGCACACGUUAUCGGUUGUUUGGGUCCAGUCGUACUACUCGAUAACAUUACGACGUCACGCGUUACACGUGAUAUUAUUAUCCCUGUCCCCCCCCCAUCCAUCCAUUACCGCGACAAAAUAAUUUGACCGCCGCCUUUGCGAACGGGCGUCACGUAUUAAUAAUUAUUGUUUAUUCGGUAACACAAUAUAGACACGCCGCCCGUUAUACUCCUCUAUUAUCGGUAUCGAUCACUGUCGGGCGAAAAAAUUACCACCGUUGUUGAAUACACGAAAACGUUGUUGCCCGUACACAAAUCGCACAACACGUGCGCGAUCGAAAAUCCAUUCGGGCGCGGCGGCGACGGUGUCCAAAGUCUUAACUGAAUCGUCUGCCGACGGGCGGCUCUUAUCGGCUCAUCGCCGUCGAAAAAGCCCGCCGAACCGCGUAACGUUUUUUGGAUGAUAUUACGUUUUUUUUUUUUUUGACGUCGCCGCCGGGGUUAUCGGUCGUUGUUUCCUCUUCAACUCCCUUCCCCCCCGCCGUAUUUGUUAAAUGUCAGUCGGUACAACCGCACGCGGCUAAAAAUAACAAUUUAGGUAAAAAAAAAAACGGCCUUUGACGUCCGUUAUUCACCGCGCGGGUAUACGAGGAUUUCGUUUCGCCCGUUCGGAUCGCGCGUAUUGUCUAGACACGAAACGAGUCGAUUAGAAUAUUAUUGACACUCGCGCCUACCGGGGGAAAAAAAGAAUAACAACAAACGGGAAUAAUAUGAGUUUUAUCGACGCUGUUGUUUUCGUUUUCGACGGCCAAUAAGUUUUAUUGCUAUUAUAAAUUUUAAUUUUUUUUUUCUCUUCAUUAUUAUUACUAAAUUUAAAUUUAAACAAAACAAUUACUCUCACUCUACGACACGAGGUUCAACCCCGGCGUAGAGUAACCUCUAGUAAUAAUCUUUUUGUGCAUUUCUUAAAAUAGAACUUUAAAUAAAAAAAAAAUCAAUCAGUUUCUGCAGUAAUCGGUUCGUCUCGAAACGCGUCAAAAUUCAAUACCGGAAACUGGCGGUUUGUGUCAAAACGAACAAUUACAGUGUCGCACUGGAUCGCGCGAGUUGCUUCACUACAAACUGAACCCGCGUCGCGCAUAAUACGAUCCGUACGAAUAUUCCGUUUUGUCCGCUAUCGAAACCCAGAUGUUUUCGUAUAUGCGUCAGAGCCGAAACGUCACGUCGUAGUGUUUAAAACUUCGAAAUCAUAAAAAAAAAAUAAUAAAAAACACCCGGACAUACUUUGCACUUGAUGCCACGUGGUGCGCUGUUGUAGGUGAGAAGUCGGAAUACAGAGCGAUUUGUACGUGUGCGCGACGAUAAAAACCGUUGCUUGCGUUGAAAACGAUUCGGGGCCAAGUCCAUUUUACGCAGCACGUACGUAAAUCAUAAAACCGUUUUCCCGACCGUUAUGAAAUCCGGUUUGGAAAAGAGCGACUUUCCCCGACCGGUACCGUCCGGACAAAAUUUCCUUUCAGCAGCAAAGCGAAAAUCGGAGCGAGAUAUCCCGUAGCAAUGUCGUUCGUUGCAGAUAAGAGGAAAAAAAAUCAACACCGUCGUAGUAUUAUAACCGAUACGUUCCUCUCGCCGCGCUCCGAAUCCAAAGAAAAAAAAAAUAAAUAUCAAACAAAUAAACUAAACGAACCGGCAUUUCGAUGACAGGUUUUUUCGUCGCAUAUCGUAUUGGAAACCUGCUUUCCCGGGAGGUUUUUUUUUUUUUUUUUUACUGUCCGUUUACCCAAAAACGCGUCUAUCGGAACGCGUGAGUACACGGACAUUGUCCACGUAAACGUUUCAACGGAAUUCUACGCGCGUCCUUGAUUCGAUUCGGAUACCGUGCCAUUACACAGGCGCAUAUCGUAUACCUGUACAAUAAUAAUAAAAUUUGUAUAAUAUUAAAUAAUAAUAAUAAUAAUAUGGGAUGCACGGGAGGGUGUUUUCUAAAAAAGGUGCGGCGCGCGCACAACGGGUUCUACGCACCGGAUACGCGGCGGGUGGUGGCGCGGGCCGGCCGGGCACUCGGGGCGGGCGAGACGACGGCGUGCGCACGGGCAACCGGUUUUUGUUAUCCGUGGACUGGACGGCGCCAGCCGGGCGGCACGCCGGCACCACCACCGCCAGCAGCAACGGCGUCGGCUGCGGCGGCGGCGGCGGCAGCAGGUAAAACGAGAUUCGUUUUGGCCCCGGACCCGCCGCCGGCGCGGCGCGCGGUCGCGGCGAUUGCGAUUGUCACUCGCACCAUUGCCGCCGCCGCCGCCACCACCGCCACCACCGCGCACCGGGUCAACGAUACCAUCGGCCGAGCGUCAACGCCACGCCCGUAUUUCCGGGGAAACGGCGAUUGGCGCGCGCUAUAUCAUAAUAUUUCAUACCUAAACAGUGCCCAGCGGUCGCUCGUUUUCUUCGCCGUGUUCUUCUUCUUCUUCUUCUUCGUCUUCGUCUUGAAUAGCCGCGGUAUAAUAGCCUCUUCCCCGGUCCUCUGCCCGUACGAGUUUCUACGUCGCCGCGGCCGCUCAUCCUGCGCAAGCGGCGCGUUGACAUCCGUUCCCGCGCGAACCGCCACCGGCCGGCAGCUGCGCCGACCGUCGCGCACGGUCGUCGGUCCCCGUGUCCGUUUCCACGCCGCGACCACUACGGUAUUUGUGUGCAUUAGGUACCCGGAGUACGGUGGCGCCGGAGUUUCCAGGUAUACGACAAUAACGCGCAACCUAUUGUUGUGCAAUGCCGCCGGGGCAAAGGUAAUUUCUCGUUCGACGCGUUUCUAAACUAUCCUGUUCCUCCGCCGCCACCGCGUGUGCCCACUCAGGGUCACUGGUCGACAGAAUUUUUCCUUUUUUUUUUUUUUUUUUUCUAAACGUUAUUUUUCGUAAAUAAUAAUUUCGUAAUAACAGUUACGAUUAUGUACCCAGGAUGUUUCUCACCGUAAUAUUAUUAUUCCAGUACGAAAUAACACAUUUUAUUAUACUCUGUCCAAAAGUAACGUACCUAUAAAUAAUCAUUUAGGAACAGUUCGUUUUCAUUUUUGAUAUUCGAGAAUCAAUAGAGGAACCAUUAUAAUUACACAAAUAUCUCUUCACUCCUCAGAACGUAAUAUGCCAUUAGUUUUUUUAAAUUUAAUUUUCGAACGUUUCGAACAUAAUAUAGAGCACUCGUUCAAAACGCUUCGCGACCCCGAUAACUAUCUGAUUGUUUUGUUCAUGGCAAUAACGACCUCGCUAAUAACGUAUUACACUAAUGGCGAACGGUCGGCAAACUUCAUUAUUAACCGUCGAUAGGAAAAUAAAAAAAAAAAAAUUCGUACUAUAAUUUACGGGAGAAAACGUGAUGAGUCUUACAAAAUUUACGGUUUUUUCAAACCGUCCGUGAUUCGAUUGUGCGUCGUACUGUUUUGCGUGUGAAAACCUAUUCAUAAUCAAAUUUUCACCGUAGGAGAACGAAAACUUGUUAUUUGUUCGAUAUUAAAAAGUUUUUUAAAUUUACACAAAGAAAAGUGAUUAUUGUUUAAACAUCUGACGGGCAUAGAUUUUUCUAUCUUGAAUGACUUAUUAGCCAUUAUACCGAAAAACCAACAAUCACUGUUGUCCUGUGCAAGCUCUCUUUAGUUUAUGGUUUUCUUAGCACAUAGCCCGAGUAUAGCUUUUCAUAAUCGCUUUAUAUUUAUAAUAUGUAUAAUAUUCGUAUCGUCGAUUAGUAGGAUAAAUCGUAAAUCAAUCGAUUAGUUUUCUCUUUUAUAACGUACAAAAACAUUAUUUAUCGUUAAAUAAAAUAUUAUUAUAAUCGAUUAUUAUCAAUAUACAGAGAACACUUUUGCACGAAAGAUAAUUGAAAAAAAAAAACAGCAAAAUGUCGAUACUGUUCAUUGGUAGGACGAUGAUGUAGUUGAGCUGGUAACAAACGUAAAACACGAUUCUAAGCGUAGUAGUCAGUAUGUUUUGCCGCGUUACAGGGGCGGAAAUCAACGAAAUUAAUUAAAAUUAGUUAGUGAAAUCCGGUGGGAGGAAUCUAGAAGUUUUUGUUUCGAAUAAAGGACUGCCGUGUCGACAUCUCGCGUCUUUUUGAACGUAUGAUACGAACAAAUCGGAGCGUUUUUACUAAUCGAAAAAGUGUUUUCCGCGAAAAAAACUUACACAUGUUGUUCAGAAAAAAAAAAACGAUAAGUGGUAGGAGUUAAGUAUUUUUCAGUUUAACAAUUCGCGCUGAUAUUUGAGAAAUGACAUUUGAGCAGUAUACAUAUUACAUUAAGACCAGCAAUUUUUUUUGUGUUUUUGGUCAAACGAAAUUUGACAUAAUAGUGCUGCAUUGUAGACAUAUGUGUCUCCUAUAUUACGAUAAUUGAUUUUGAUUAAGUAUUAAAUAAUAUAUUAUGUAUUAGCUCGUUAAAUAUUAUUUUUAAUAAAUUAAAAAAUGAUACAAGGCGAUUAACAUAACGCAAUACACUCUUUAUCUAGGAAAGUAUUAAAUUUUUUUCGGAAUUUGACUUUUUAGAACCAUCUAAUUAAUGUUCUCGGGAAAUAAAUACUUAGCUCUAAAAUUUUUAUUGCCGUUAUUUUUUUUGGGGGGAAGAGGAGGAGGAGAAGAUGAAACGGCCUCCUAAUUUUGAUUUUUAAACGGCCAACUAUAUUAAAAAUUCCAUAAAUAGAUGAAAUUUUAGUUCCUCUUAUCGUGACAAAAUUGAAAUGUCUGGUUGACGGAAAUUGAAAAUGUCAUCAACUCUUUUAACAUGUAUUUUAACUAAAAAUCCGUAUAUUUGUGGCAUUUUUAAUUUAAGUGUUGCUAUUUGAAAAUAAAAAGUGGUUUCACUCACAAACAUGAUAAGGGUGACAAAAAAAAAAAACGGAAAUGUAAAAUGUUGUAGAUCGAAGCAAAAUUGCUAAUAGAAAAGUUGUUCACAAGAAAAAAAAAAAAAUUCCCUAAUAUUUUACUAUACAUUCGUAUUCCCGUUUUUCCAAUGUAUUGAGAAAAUCAAAAAAUUACCUCUCUAAAGUACCGUACCACCCCAGUCAGAUUUCCUUUCAGAAAAAGUGCUACGCUUAUUGUAAAUCAGAGCAAUAUUUCUGGUAGAAAAACUGUUCACAGAUAAAAAAAAAUUAACUAAACAUCAUUGUAAAACCAUAAGCUCUUUCGCUCCACUCGGAAUCUAAAACAUUCCUAAAAGAGUUAAUAUUUCCGAGAGAUAACGGGCGUCUCACGUAGUUAUGUCGAACGCUCUGUAUAUAUUAAAAAUACAAAUUUGCCAGUGUACUAACAAUAAUAUUAUAAUAUAAUACUUAUAUUAUUAUCGGUUAUACAUACUGAAUAUUAUUCGCUUCGUAGGUAUUACGCAUUUUAAUUAUUUUUGUUUAUUCGAUUUAAAAUACACGUGCGUACGUAUAUAAUAAUAAAUUCCCUUGACUUUCGUCCGGUUCUUUUAUUGAACACAACUAUUAUUUUAUAAUCAUUUGAAUAUUUUGUUUACGUGUCAAAUUUUAUGUUUAUAUAUAUAGGUACAUGAUAAUAUAGGUUAGGUUACUAAUAUACGUUACUGACUAAACGCUAAAUUAUUGGUAGAAAAAAAAAAAAAAAUCGUGUCGUUAUCACACGGAUGAUGUUUUCACUUUAUUAUGAUGGUUACGGGCCGGUCCGUCCAUCCAUAAUAAUAUAAUUAAAACAUUUUGUUAUCCAACUCACUCGCGCGCCACUCAUUUCACUUAAUAGCUACGGUAUUAUUAUAAUAUACAGUGCGUUUCACUCGAGUGGUAAAACGCGAAUCGCGUUUCAGCCGGAUGGACGCGUAAAUUGAAAUGGGUGUUUUUCUUUCAUUUUUUAGGAAGUCUGAGUGUGGUUACCAAAAUUCCGUCGAGCCGAUUUCAGCGCUCGCGGUGUACCCAAUAGAAAUUACAUUUUCUGAAAACAGAAACGCCUAAUUUUUUAUUAACUCCAGAUUCGAAUUGUCUUUUUUUUUUUUGCCUAUGCAACUACGAUUUUGUCCGUCUCAUUUGACCCGAGAACGGCUGUAUAGUUUAUAUCGAAAACAAUUAAUCGUACUUUUUAAUGCAUUUCAAACUGUUUUUUCUUUGUGUAUUCAACCCUAAGGUCGAUUUUACAUACAGUCUUCUUUCGUAUACAUUUCCCGUUACUAAUUAAUCUCUUUUGGUCUAUGUAUAGCUCAUAUUAGUCCGUGGCUACGAACGACUUUAUUGAUGAAAUUGUUGGGCUCGUCAUCGGCCUCUUUUGUCUUCAAUUUUUCCGUCAAUUAUUUUGUGGCGUAGCUUAUCGUCAUGUCUCAUAGUGCUGCAGUGUCCAAUUGAUAUCCGGAUCCUUUUAUUUAUUCUCUGGAUUCACCUGCAGGUAUAUUAAGUGCGCUGUCGUUGGUCUUUCGCCAACAUUGUCAUUCCCGUAUCGUCCGUCUCCCGUCUCGGGCAAUUCUUGUGACGCGCGAGCACGGGUUAGAAUGUUGAAAACCGGCCCUCAGAACAUGAUGCAAUUCGGAAUCCACGUUUUUAUUCCCUCCUUUCUAAAAGUCCGCCUGGUCGGAAUAUUUCAUGUGUAAACUCGGGUUUAUAAGGGCCGUUCUUAAUUUUUAUAUAACGUUCGGUAGGUGAUUAAGACUUUUUGUAUAGUUUUCGAAAUUAAAAUCGACGCAGUAGAAAUGUUAUUUUACAAUAUAUCACGAUUGACCUUAUGGCCAUUUCCAUUCUAGCCCUUUUCAGCACAAUCGGGCCGAAACGAAACCUUUUAGAAUCGAGCCUGCGCGGUUACAUUUCCGCGGUUACCGUUCGCGCGAAACAUGCUGUACACACACACACAUACACACACACACACACGCACGUAUAUAAGGCAGAUAACCGAUAAGUCUAUAAAACACGGUAUUAAUUUGUAAUAACUAUUAAUAAUAAUAAUAUGUACUUGGCGUGUUCGUGGCAUAACCUUUAUCUAUAUUAGAUAAUGACUAGCUAAUUAGGCGUUCGCGGUUCACGUAGACGCCUGCCUGUUGCUGCCCGGUCCAAUAGCCCACAGACAUAGUUUCACAAUUACGCAUCAUUUUUUUUUCUAUACAUAAUGUUUGUUUUAAAAAUCCAUUUUUAUUUCGCAAUCGUCAUAAUAAUAUUAGCGUAACGUGUAAUAAUAAUAUAUAUAGGUAGGUAUAUAAAUAUGGGUACCUACGUGUUGGACGCACGUCGCCGCGUUAUGACGAAGGUCACCUGUUGUGUGUGUGUGUGUGUGCUGGUGAGCUCUCCGCUAUAAUAAUAUAGGUACCUCUAAUAGGCGUAUACGCAUUUUGAAAAAAAAAAAAAAAAAAAAAUUAAACCACUACUAACGAAAAACAAUUCUGAGCGGAGAAAUAUUAUUAAGCGUAUUUUUUCCCCUCGUCGUUAUAUGGAUAACCCGGAUUAGUCGACAAAAACUAUCUACGAACAAUGUUUACGUUUUUCACGUUUUCAUUAAGGAAACCGCGAGGAAAACCAACAAAACGACCAGAUAUACCCGUUACGUCAACUCAAUAUAAAAAUGCUACAGGAAAGUUCCCGUACAGUUUUCGAUCGAAGCGAGAUUACGAAAAACCGUUUCCCGCGGACGAAAAAUUUACACUUGCAAUGCGCCUGCAGUCUAGAAAUCGAAUUUUCACAAUAAAACAAAAAAUAAAAAAACUUGCAACGUUGGUUUUAGUUUUUCGUUAUUACUAUUACGAAACGAGUUAUUCGGGUUUUUAAAACUUAAAAUUAUCACAGUUUUAAACAAUAAUCCCCACCAUAUUAUGCGAAGUCAAUACCUUAAGUAAUACCUAUAGUUACGGGACACGUAGCUGAUAUUCAACAUAUUCUUAAACUUUGAUUGCAUAGUUGAAAUUUAAGUACAUCGUGUAAUUACGUAUUACACAAUUAAAAAUUUUUAAAAAUCAGUGGUUUUUUCCAUGCCUAUUAAUUAUAUUGAUAAUUUGUAGUAGGGUUAUCAAUAUUAUUUCAUGCUGGUAUCAGUUUACAAUUAUUGUUUACAAGGCAAAACUACACCGUCCGUUCGUUCAAAAUAAUGGAAAACUAAAUAUUAUUCAAAUUAGCAAAUUUUAUGAAAUACGUUUAAUCAUAGAAACCUGUGCGAAUAUAUUGUAAAUAUUUACGUGGUGGCUAAGUAUAGGUAAUAAACCAUUUAAAGGUUAUAUGAGACUUCUUAAAUUAUGCUUAUGAAUAAAUAACUUUUUUAGAUUCUGAGCGUAGCGAGAAAUGUAUUGGUUUGUAAUUUAUGAUGUGUUUUGUGUGUGUGUGUGUGUGUGUGCCUGUAGACAACUUAUUGACCAGAAUUAUUGUUUAAAUGAGAAUUUUCGAUCUAGUUGGUGCACUGAAGAGAUUGUUUUUUUAUUUACCUUGUAGUUUUCAUUAUAAAUCGCAUAAACUAGCAAUUGUCGGUAUAAUUUUUGUUGAUUUCCAAGUUACCUUGGCAAAAAAGAAAAAAAAAUACGACUAAUAAUACUCGGUUCAGAAACGGUUUUUUUGUUAGAAACGGUUUGUCGUUGAUAUAAAUUGAAUUAUUAGGUAUACACCCUUCCUUCCGAUAUCCCAUCUUAAACAGCGGUACACCGAUCGGCGGUAUCGGCCUUAUUGGUUGUAUAUUAAUAAAAUUAACAUUGUGCAGAGUUAUUAUAGUUCUGUUUUUUGUCUAUUCGGUGAAAAUUAGAUGUUCUAAUUAAUAUUCAAUAAAUCCGAGUAUAUAUAAAUAUAUAUAGUUUUUUCCCGCGCAAAAUAGUUUUUUUUUACAGUCGAAAGCACGUCCUCUAGAGUUUUUUCACGGCACGAAUAUAGAAAGUAUAAUCGGACGGCGAACACGAUUACUGAAGGAUGUGGGUGGGGGGAAACUCGCCGCUUACGGGCUAUUUUUCGCGCCGCGACUCCUAACGAGAUUUUUCAAUAAUUCGCUCGCACAAAUCCGCGGCUCUAUAGUAACUACGUAUUAUUAUAAUCAUCAUAACCUGCUGCUGCUGAUGCAGUAAGUCCUAAACCGGCGGCAAAAGAGUGGAGGAUUGUAUGUAUAGCUGUUGCUGCAGAGAGAAAGUGGCGGUUCACUUUUUCAAUGACAACAAUCUAUACGAUGAUUUUGAAUGUGAGGAACCUACUGUAUUAUUAUUAUUAUUAUUAUACUCCUCAGGGACGAUAUUUAUGUCACGUUGCAGCAUGCGUGCGUCAAAUCGAACGUCAUCGUGGAAUCGGUAACCGUAACUUAAUGUAUAAUCUUAAUGAAUUGUGAUUAAGCGAAUUAUUAUUCCGUGUAUUAUACGAGUGCAGUGUACAGUGCAUAAUCGUCGUGUUCCGAGGAACAUCGGUUGAUUAUUUUUUUUUUUUUUUUGUACAUAAUAUAUAGUGACCGAUCGUAUAUUAAAAUGAGACGUUAAAUUACUUUUAGUUUUAUUGAUAUUAUAGAUCCUAAAAUAUUAUCUAGAUACCUAUUGGGUGCCAAUAUUAUAUUAUUUGAAAAAAAAAAGAAAGUAGGAUAUUACAUGCUGUUCACGGUUGAAAGCGGGAAGUUGGGAAUGUAUAUACAUGUAGGAUAUAAUAUUUUUAGUUCAUAUAUUUUGUAAUAUACGAUAAAUCAUUGCGAACGAAAAACGGUUUUGAUCGUAGUUUGCAUGUUAAACAUAUUUUGAUAAAUUCGAAAUGAACAUUUUAUCAAUUACAGAAUACAAAUUAUACCAGAGAUUCUCAAACUUUUUUUCGAGUAUUACUCAUAUUAAAAAUUAUAUAGAUCUGUCACGUAUCUUACGUACCAUACUUAUGACUAAAAAUUGAACAAUUUAUAAUGUCUAUACAAUACCAAUUAUUUAAACAUGAUUAGAGCAUAAGACAGUAAAAUACUACAAUGUAAUCAACAUUAUAAAAUUAAAAAUAUAAAUUUAGUAUUAGAUGCAUUAAAGGCAUUUCCGAACUACUAUCACCUACUCAAUACAUCAAAUUGGAAAAAUUUGUUACCAGAAAAACACCACCGAUGGUGAUGGCCGAAGCAAGUUUUCUGGUGGAAAAUUUGUUUAAAGACAUUUAAAAGACGGAUAUACUUAACACGAUGGGUGGGUCACCAUUGUAGAUGAGAAGUUGGGAAUAUAGGAUAUAUAGGGGAAUUUAAUGUACAUUCGUAUGCAAUUAUUAAUCAUUGCUAUUUGCUGACGAAAAAUGAUUUUGAGCAGAGUUCGGUUAUACAUGUUUUAAAAGACCGUAAUAUUUACGUUUUUCGUCAAAAUUUGAUGAAAUGAAAUAAUUUAUACGAUUUAUAAAAUUGUGAUAUACAUACCUACGUCAUUAAACGACAAUAAAUUAUAAUGUUAGGUUAUCUCCAUCACACAAAAAAAAGAAAAAAGAAACAAAAAAGAAUAAUACAAAAUUGAAAUGGUGUGGGAAUUUGAAAGCCAUGUUAACUAUUAUUAUGCACGCACCUAAUGUAAUAACAUCUGUUUGGAAAUGAAAAUCUGGUGUACAUAUUUUAAAGCGUGUUUUUUUUUUUAUAUUUAUUUCGAUCCAGUGAUUUUUACCGAGUAUUUUAUGAUUAUUUGAUAGGUGCUUAUCUGUUUUUCAAGCAUUUUGAAAUUUUUUAAGUUUUGAUAUUUGCCCUUUAAUCACGUACCUAAAACGAAUAUUUACUUUUGAUUAUAAAAUGUCAACCCUACCCUAUUUUUAAACAUUUCUUUUUCUUUGCCUUCAUCCCAAAAAAUUUAGGGUCGCCCACUAUUGUUCUAAAUUUCUAUUUCUUCCGAUCACCCAUCUUGUAUAUACCGGCACUUUUUUUUCAUUCUUUUUCAUUUCUUCAUUUUCACAUUCUCAAUUAUAUUCAAUCACCUCUUUUUCGGUUUCCCUCUUCCCUUUUUUCUCCUACAUUUAUUUUCACUACAGUGUUUAAUAGCUUAAUAGCAUUUAAUGAUUGGAAUCCGAAAAUCCGAAUUUUUCAAAAGAACAUUAUUUAAGCCCCUUGAACAUCUUAUAAAUAUUAAACAUUAUUAUAAUAUAAUGCUGUGUACCUAAGUUAACUGUUUGGAUAAAAAUUCGAAAAAAAACUCUUAACUUUUAACUUUAAAAUUCUUUCGGAUUCCGAAUUUUCGGGUUCUAAAAAAUCCGAAAAUCCAAAAGCAGUUUAAUUUUUUGGUAUUGUGUUUUAUUUUUACAUUUUUAUAAAAGAUAUUUCAUUCAGAUACACAGCUUUAUAUUGUAAAAAUAUCUAACAAAUUAAUUUUAAGUGGGUUAAAUUGCUGCUUUUUGUGAAAAUCCGGAUUUUCAGAUUCCCAUCACUACUAGCAGUACAGUUUUUACGGCUUCUGAUUCCUUUCUAUUUAAAACACGAUUUUGAAAAAAAAAAAUUUUUUUCCAAUCAUUUUUGAUAUGUUAAUAUCGGAUAUACCGUUUAUGAUAGGGGUUUUUAAACUGGUUACAGUGUACUUUUGAAAUUGUUUUUCAUAAAUUGUGACGAACAACCGGUCACGGUGAUCCGCACGUUAGGUAUGAAGUCGUAACUUUUUUGAUUAUGACCUAUAGAUUUUGUACUUAGUUGUCUAAACAAUGAUGAAAAAAAAAAGUUUGAAAACCACUGGUUAAUAAGGUGUAGAUUUAUAACGGUUUAAAAUUUAUACCGAUGGAUAGGUCUUAUAAAAAGGUCGGAAGAUAAAUACAUUUAAUAUCUGUUUUUAGGUGAUAUUUGUUUAUGCUAUACGGAGUGAGGGUCCAAUUUUUAAAAGAUAAACGUUUCCAGAAUAACUGAAAAAAAAAACCAAAAUACAUUUUAUUUUAUAUCUUUUGAGAUCAUAAUGAACAAAAAACACCCUGUAUAUGGAUUGAUUUUUUUUACUUUCCCAAUUAAAAAAUAUUGAAAACUAGUAAAACACGAUACCUACGCGAGAUUAUGUUACAUUUUGACAUGUGUUCGCAAAAUGAAAAUAAUAUACUAUGUUUAGGUAUUUAUUGUAACAUUAAUAUUGUCAUAAUCGUAGACACAAUUUUCAACAAUUACAAUUACCUAUAUUGUUUUAUGUUUUAAUAACAUAUAAAAAGUUAGCAAAGCAAUAUAGGGUAAGUCAUGUAAGUAAUUGAAAUUAUAUCCGUACUUAACGAUAAAUCAUUGCUAAGGGAAAAUGUUUCUGAGCGAGUUUUGACAAACUUAAAUUGAAAUUCUGUGCCUUUGACGAAAAUUUCAGAUCUUAACGAUUAUUCUUAACUGUAUUACUGGAUUGAAUUGUGUAAAUAUUUUGGUUUUUCAAUGGAUUUUUCUCAACUUUAAGAAAAAUCAAAAUCUGAUCUUCCCAAAACACCAAAUAGACAACAAUUUUUUUCCAGAAAUCGAAUACCGAGGUUACAAUUAAUAAUAAUUCAACCUUAAAUAUUAAUAUUAUAACGAGUGACUAUUAUUUGAUUAGAUUUAAAUAAAUACAACAUGUCGGUCAUUAUAUACUUCCACUCUGCUUUAACGAGAUAAUACAUUUAAAAAAGUUCGCAUAUUAUUUGUGUUCUGAAAUUCGACUAGAUAUUUUGUUAAUUUACUUCAAAGAAUAUUGCUUAUGGUGACAACCUAUAAUUUACGACAACAUCGUUUUCCAAAAUCAUUGGUCAGUAAAACUCGAAGCACAUAGUAUUAUUAUUUAUUUCACCGCAACAGCAUACUAUAUUUUUGUGGACAAUGCGUUUAUUUUUGUUUAAAUAGAAUUUAUCAUUUGAGAUUUUUACACUAUUCGUUGCAGUGAAGUAUUUAAAAAAUAAAAUUGGAGAGAUAUAUCUCCUCCCCUUGACUUUUUUAAGUACAUAUAUUCGGUUUAUAUGGUUUAAUUCUAAUUUCUUUACGUUUUAGACAGAUCAAAAAUAUAUUGAUACCUAAAAUAAUUAAAUUAGUGCCUUUACCUACUAUAUUACCUAGGUUCAACGAUCAUUUUUGGACAGAUUGAAUUAUAAAUAAUUACUAAAAAUAUAAAGAAGUGAAAAAUCCAUUUUUUUUUUUUUUUUAAUUUUAAUUUUUAGCUUUGUUACACGUUACACAAUAUGACAUAAUUUACAAAUUAUAUAUCUCCUUAUUUGUAAAAAUCCUAAUAAUACGUCACUGACGCGUUGCAAUCAAAUUUCCAUACAAACGUUAUCAGUUACUAGUUAUUUCAAUUUAUAUGUAACAGCGUAGAAGCCUACUCCGGAAACGAUAUUUUAUGUAAUUUUAAUGUCAAAUGUAGAUUUUCGUAAAUUUCGGAGUCGUGUUACCGUAUUAUUAUUAUAAUAAUAUGCAAAGAUAGUAGAAUAUUCGAAUGCACACACACACGCACGUGCUGGUCGUGUAUUAAUACGAUUAUAUUAUAAUUGUUUGGUAUUAUAUUAUUGUUAUUUGUAUUGUUUGUGUAUGGAAUGUGCGAUACGUACUGUAAUAUUAUAAUCGAAAUGAAACCGCUGGAACGUCGUUUAAAAAUGGUGAAAAAACAAUAAUAAUACUGUAGAAGCCUGUGAAAUCUAAAUCUCGGGAUUCGAAAACUCGGGAAAAUUUUACCUACAGUAUUUUAUCAUCUUUGGUACCAGGGAAGAAGGGCUUAAGUCAAUUUCAUAAAUACAAAUUAUAAACGGAUUGGGAAAACUAGAUAAAAUUCCCUUUCAGAAUAGAAGAUAUACUUGAUACUUUGGAGCAAGAAUUUAGAAUUUUUGUAUACAGUAUAAAAAAAUAAAUAUCAUUGUAAAACUAAUACUUUCCUCGCUCUGCUCAUGAUCUAAAAUACUUAAUUAUUUAAUUAAAUAUAAAUACCUAAUAUUCUCAUCUUUGAAUUUGUCUAUAAUUCGCUCUAAUAUUAAAACCAACGACACAACAGCCUACUGAACGCAAAUUUGCUAUUUCGUGUGUUUUUAUGACUGAGACAAUAAAAGCAUAACGUAUAGCGUCCUCUUAAAUGCAUAUUUGGUACAUCUUGUAGCGCGUGGUUAUCUAUUUUCAAGUUUAGCGACCAGGCAUACCGCGAGUAUACCAAUGACGUUCGCGCGCUGUGGCGGAGGACAGAUGGUAAAAAACCGGUUCUUCCCGAUUUCUUCCUUGCACUACAACUACACGACUAUAGAAAAACAGUAACAUAUUAUAAUAUUAAUAUUAUAAAAAGGAAUUAAAAACAAAACCUGUCGUGCCGGUGUAAUGGCAUCGACGGCGUUGGUGGUGGCGAUGAUGGUGGCGGUGAACCUCGCCCGUUCGGCCGAAUAUUAUUACAAUUAAUAAAUACAUAAUUUUUUCGACUGUUGUCAGUUAGCCAAUUGUCAGCUUAUUCCCAGUGGUUAAAGUGGAAAGACGGAAGAGGAAGAAAUCUGCAUAAAUCUUAUUUAAAUUAUUAUCCGUUCCCUUCGGUGUUUUUAGUCUUAAAAGUCCGGAGGACGCUUUAUAGUCCAGUCAUUGAAGGGUUUAUAUCAAAAAUAAUUCCCAAAAAAAACCUUGCUUCUUCGGCAUAUAUUUUUAUAAAAGUCCCUGGUUUUUCUCCUUGUGCUUCUCCAUUUAACCAUUUUUAAAUUCAAUUUUACGAGCUUUUAGAAGUAAGUAUACAGAGUUCUCCUGAACCACUUUAUGAAACCAGGCUAGUUUUUUUUUCGUUUAGUGUUUUAUGGAUAACUGUGAAAAAAUAUCUUUAUUUGUGAUAACACAAUAUUCUUUGUGAUUUAUUAUUAAAAACAAAAUAUCGGCGUUUAAAAAAAUAUUUUAUACACAUACAAAUUUGUCCACAAUUUUUUGCUUAACCUAUAGAAAAUGUUGUUUGUAUAAUAUGUGUAAUCAAUAUUUAUAGAUUUGAAUGUAUACGCUUAUCCGUUUUAUUUAAUAAUAUGAUGAUCCGUAGGCCAGCAUAAAUGCAAACAAGUUAUAGGUAUUUUUUUUUAAUGGCAAUUUAACUAGAAUUUGUUUCAUUAAAAAUAAAUUGUGCUCGUUUUUGUACUUUUUUUUGUCCAAAAACAUGCUUUACUGGGUUAAAUCAACUGCCACGUUUUUUUGACGGGGCGAUGAAUGAAGACUUCUUACUUGAAUUUUGAAAAUAAUUUUUAUAAACUAUAUUAUUUGAGUUUGAAUGUGACUAAUUUUAGAUUCGGAGUGUUGAGAGGGAUCUAUUAGUUUUACUAUAACGAGUGAUUUUGUAUUUUUUUUUUGUCCGAGCAACUUUUGUAUCAUAUAUCUUGCUCUAAUGUAUCAAGUGUAAUACCUUUUGAAAAAGUAAAUUGUAUCCAGUUUGUUCACUGUCAAGAUAGUUAUUUGAUUUUCCAAUGAAAACCGGAAACAAAAGUAUAAAUAAAACGGCAAAUAUUUACGGUGUACAAUUUCAUUAUUUUAAAUUUGCACGCACGAUAUUUUCUAUCAGAAAUAUUGUUCCAAUUAAAAACAACAAGACACCUUCCUUGUUACAUUUUUAAUGUAGUUCGUGAGUAAGAAUAUUGUGGAUGAAAUUGUAUGACCAAACAGAAAUGCUUUAAAAUUUAACAUAAGGUCCAUAUAAAUCGUAUUUAGUUGUCAAGAAAAAAAAAAUGGAGUUCAUUAUAGGUAGUAUUGUUUUUAUACAAAUUUUGACGAUAAUCGUAAAUAUUACGGCCUUUUGAAACUUGAAUAACCGAACUUUGCUCCGAUUCGUUUCUUAUUAGCAUUGCAUUGCAAUGGUUUUUUCGUUGCUUACAGAUAUAAAUUAUAUAACUAUGUAUCCUACCUUCCUCAUUUCCCACCAACAGCAGUGGCACAUCCAACACCAGUAUCAGCUCUUUCAUUUACUAUUUGUUGAACUUAUUUGUUUGUGGUUUUUGGUUAUAUAAUCAUUCAUCGUAGUUCAGUGCGCUUCGUAGGUUUUCUUUAGAAAAAAAAAAAUCAUCGAAAUCAGAUAUCUCUGCAAGUCAGGUGAGUUAACCCGUAAACCGUGUUUUUAGUAAAACAUAGGUCGUGCACAGGCCCCUUAAUAUGCAAAAUUAAAACUGAUUGAUUUUUUUGUUAAGAAUUGUUAAGACUUUUUAAUUAUAAAUGUUUGCAAUUUGUAAAAAAUCACGAGUAGGAUCCUUAAUAUUUAUUGGAUUAUGCAUAAUCAUUAAUUAGACUGUGAUUUUACCGAACAUUCGUAAUAUGUAUAGUAAAAUACUUUAUACUUAUAGGCCGCGCUUUGUUUUUAUUAGUAUACAUUUUUUUAUAAACACAAUAUGUGUGUAGGAGUAAACAAUUUUAGAAGUCUUGUUUUGUCAUGAUGGUUUUUAUUGAAAGUUCGGUUGUGUUAAAUUAGUUCUAGGGAACGCCCCUCAAUCUUUGGUAAAUACAUAAUCUCAGAAUUUGGUCACGAAUCUUCGAAGUUUUUCCCAUUUUAUUAACCACUAGUUGUUUUUUAUUUUUGAUUAUUAAUCUAGUAUAAAUAAUACGAUUUCUUCGCGCGGUUUUUAUUGUUUUUUUUUGACCCAGAUUGGUCGAAAAUUGUAUUCGGCCGUUGCGUGGUUUUAUUAAGGUUGACAGUGGUGGCACCGGUUAUUGGUGGUUACCGGUGAUGGUUAUAGUGGUGAUGGAGUAAAUUUGAAUGGUAUUCUUUUUUCUCUCUCUCUCAGCGGUGACGCUAAUAUUAGCUUUUGGCUCGUCUAAGUUAUGCGCACACUCUGCCCACGUACGUACGUACGUACGUAAGUGUGUGUGUGUGUGUGUGUGUGUUGAUAUACUUGCAUAUCACACCGCGCGGUGAUUAUUAUACAGGGUGUUUCUUCUGCCGCACAAACCGGCGAACUAUUUACAAAAAUUACUAGUGAAUUUUAUUUCGGGAUUGUAUGUAUAAGGCGUGUACAAUAUUUUCCAAAUUAUUAUUUCGUACACACUACCGGAAAUUAUACAUAACAUUAAUUACUACCUCAUAUUGAUUUUCAAAUAGCAACACAUGGCACUUUUUAAACUCUCAUACGAAAAGCGUAGGUUCCCUCAUAUUUACCUAACAAUAUUUUAAUAGUAUUUGCAAACCAUCACUAAUGUGACUUUUGGUUCCUAUCGAUUAUAAGCUAUAUAUUAUUUAUUUAUUUUAUUAUAAUGAUUUAAAAUUUAGACCGGAUAAGGAAAGGGCGUGAAGGAAGGCGUUUAAUUUCUAUAGAUAAUCCAACCAUCCCUACUCCUAAAACCAAAAUCAAAAAAAUGUUUUGUUAUUAUCGCUAGUUCGUGAUUAAAUAGUCACUCUGUAUGUGUAUUAAUAUAUGUAUCGUACGAUUCCAUUGACCUCGCUAAGCUCCUCGUACACACUCUACAUAUUUAUUAUACGUAUUUUCUGCUCCGUCCAAAUAUAUUGUUAUGAUUUGUAUUUAUAAAUUUGGUCUGUUUGUUACGUUUCAGUGGACGAUACAAUCAUCGAGAUGAGUCCCAGCCACAACGAGAACAAAAGUGAGUACAUAUCGAUUUUUAUUAUCUUGAUAAUGUAAUACCUAUAUUAUAAUUAGGAUUUUGCAUUAGAAAAACUAAACAGCUUUUAGAAGAAACCACCGAAAAUAUCUGCCCCCCCUAACUUUCAAAGCCCUAAAAUAACAAAAAACUAGCUUAAACGCACCAAUGUGUAUAGAUUUAAAAAAGAAAAAAAACACUAAAUUGCAAUAUUUUGAAAAUAUAAUAAAUAAACAUGCGUCUUGUAUUAUACCCGUAGAUAAGAAAUAUCUAUAUUCUUAUUUUCAAUUUUCAUAAUUACUUUCCAAUAAAAGUUCGCAAAAAAAUAAACAGAAAUUAUUAAAAACACCAUAAAAUGUUUAAAAAGUAAAACAAAAUGAUUUAAGUCAUUCAAAUUUAAUAGUGUUAAAAAAUUUAAAUGAAAAUUUUAAAAUUAAAUUCAUUUUUACAUAACAUGUAUAUUGUACUUAGAAUAUGUUGAGUUAAGCAAAAAAAAAAAAAAAUAAAUAUUUGCUACAAAUACACAGUCUAAAUUAUAAUAUAAUUGCACAUAAUAGUUAUGAAAUGGGGUUGACCAGUCGCCUUUAGGUUCUAGUCUAAGUCAGGUUUUGCUAGGUAGAUAGGUAGACUCUACUGUAUAGUACACAGAAAAAAAUAACAUGUUUUUUAUUUAUAGAAAUAUUAAGACACACAUGAGCAUCGGAGCUUCGUCACUCAUGAGUCGAAUUUUCCCCUAGCCUACUUGUUGCCGUUACAAUAUUUCAUCCUCGACAACAAUUCUAUUUAUAUACACACAUUUUAAUCCAAUUACUUAUUAUUAUGAGUCUGUGAGGGUUUUUCAAACCCGGCAUUAUUUCCUGUGAAAACAUGAAAUGUGAGCAUACAAUUGGUCAGGGAGGGAAUUUAAAGUUGAAACUAUACUAAAAGGCAAAUCUUUGAUACACUUACUCUGUGCAUAUGUACAAAAUUUCAUCUUUCUGAUUUCAUUUUGUGGAUCUGUAGUGGUGUACGUAGCUGAAGAAACAACACUUUUUUCUUCAACAAGAUGGCGAAAUUCAUAUCUAAAUCCAAUUUGAUCUCUUCAAUCCGCCUAUAAAAAAACUUUUGAAGUCAUUAGGGAGAGUCGCUAAAAGUACUGGGAAUAGAAUAUCCGAAUAUUUAUAUACAUGUAUAACAGACAUAAUACAGUGCAAUAUUUUUGCAACGUAAUAUUCUACUAAGUUUGUCUUCGAAAAUAUACGCGGCGUGUUAAAAAGUCACCAAAUUUGUCUAAUCUCCUUCUACAGUGGUUUGCAGAAAAAAUUGUGUAUAGGUAGGUUGGUAUACAAACAAAAUUGUUACACGAUGACAAAUUAAAUAAAAAACAUUUCACUCCAUUGGUCCACUGUUGUAAGUCUUAAAUUGAGAACUUAAAUUAUAUUGAUGAUUUAAUUUAUAUUUGUACGCAACAAUAAAUCGUUUUUAACAAAAAACCAUUCUAAGCGAAAUUCGGUUAAACAUAUUUUGUUUUUUAAAUAUAAAUUUAAAAUUGUGUUACUUUGUACCUGCAAAAGAAAGAACAUUUAACAUUUAUUGUGCGUGUUUUUUCGUCUCAAAUUGUAAUUUUUACAAAAAGAUUUUUUAUAUUUUUUAUGUUCAUAACAAUAGAUAUCAUAAAUAUUCAAUUUUUGAGUAUUGUUUGGGAAGCCCAAUUAAUUUUAUCUACGUAAAACCAAAAACAUGAAAAUGUAAAAUGGACAAAAUAUUUUUAAAAUUUGACAAUGUACAAAAGUGAUAAUAUAAUUAGUAUUUGGUGGGAUUUUCAGAAUUCGAUUAUUAUUUAAUUGAAUUGCAUACAAAAUAAAAUUAACAAAAUAACAGAAACUGUUAUUGUGUACAUUUUACCAUUUUGUUCCUAUUAUUAAGAAAAUUACAAGUUAAAUAAAAAAAUUACUUCUCAAUAUAUCAACUAGAUCCAAAAUUCUACAAGAAAGUUCCCAUAAGAUUUUUAUUGGAGCAAGAUAUCUGAUUGAAAUGUGAUUUGUAGAUAAAAAAAAAAAAUAUAAAAAGUGCUCAUCACUACUCUCAGAAUAUAAAAAAAUGAUGUAAUUUUUUUAAUACCUACCUUAUUUGCAUGACUGUUAGAUAAACAAGUGUGUUUUUAUAAUUAUUAAAAUAAUAAAUACAAAACAAAAUGUUUUUAAAUAUACAGUUAAGACUUUUUAAUGUUAAAAAAUGUGUACUCUGUAGGUACUUGAAAAUAUUACUGUACUAUAAAAGUUUUGAAUAUCGGUUUCUAUGGGUAAAUGUGGAUUGAUUAUACCACUAAGGUGUAAAUAGGGGAGAAUUUACUGUUUUAAUAAGUAUGGAGAGUUGUAAGUGAUUACAUAUUAUUUUUACUAUUUUAAAUUAUAGUCAAUUACCGCAUAUACUGAGUAUUGGACAUAAGUACACUGCACUAUAUAAAUUAUGUACCUAAUAACAUUUAGUACGCAUAAUAUAAGAGGACAAUAUAAUAUUAUAAAAUUAACUAUUGUUAUCUAUGUCGCUCAUCCACGUGGCCACGUAAAAUGGCAAAGAGCUUUAGAUUAAUUUCAAUAUGUGUAAAGUGUAUUGAAUUAUUUUAAUCUUUAUUAAAAUAAAAUAUUAAGAUUUUUUUGUUGUUGUUUUAUCGUAAUUUAUUUAAAUACAAUAAUGUAAUUAUACUUUUAUUUUCACAAUCACUUAUGCCUAGGUAUUAUUUGAUAUUUCACGGUACACAAAAAAAAAUAAGGUUCACCUAAUUUAAGUGAAUAAAAACAUCUAAUGAAGGUUACUUAGUAUUUUUUUUAAUGAAAUAAUGAUAUUGUAUGAUAAUAUAAUUCAUAGGUAAUUUUUAUGUAAAAUAAUUAUAAUUACAAGUGCAAAAUACAAUGAUGAAAAUUUUAUAUUAAUUAUGGUUUAUUAUGGUUAUUAUACCUUUGGUAAUGUUCAUAACUAAUAAAUAUUAAUUAUAUAAUACAAACUUACAAUCAAUUUAAAAAAAAAUUAAAUCAUUAAUCAAUUUUUUAUCAAUUGAACUUCUUAUUUUUUUUAAAAUAGCUAAUUGAAAUAUUGUAUUUUUACUUCUUGUAAUCUAUGUAUGGUAGAACAAAUUAAGAAUUUUGAUGAAAAAUCAUAAAUACAUUUUCUGAAUAGUUAAAUGAUAAUAUAUUAGGUACAUAAAUAUAUAUAAAUAUAUUUUAAAUUAUUGUAAUACCUUAUAUUUUUUUUCAUUAGAUGUAAUGUGUCAUCCAGCAGACAAAUCUUUGCCAACAGCUCCUUUAUCAGCUGGUAAAUACUUGCAUAAAAAGUUCAAAAAAGUUGCUACAGCUGACGAUUGCCCUGAAGUUGCUGUUCCUGUGCCCGUAUUGACCACAGAAGAAUAUUCUGUUGAAGGUGUAUGGCGACAUAAAUGCCCAUAUUGUAAAACUGUAUGUACCAAACCAAGUGCACUAGCCAAACAUUUGCAAGUGCACUCCGAUGAACGUCCAUUUCCAUGUGAAACAUGUGGAUUUGCCUUUAAAACAAAAAGUAAUUUAUCAAAACAUUGUAAAUCACAAUCACACACAGAACGAUUGGCUAAAGAAGAACCGGAAGAAGCUAAGCCAAAAAUAUACAAACCAAAAUUUCGCUCAGCUUUAAUAUAUACAAAACUGGAAGAGGAUAGAUCGAAAAAUACUGAAUCAGUUAAGGAAAUAGUGCAGGUAUCAUCAUAUAAACAAGAUGAAGAUUCUUCUCAGCCUUUAAAUUUAUCUGUAGCUUCAAUUAAAAAAUGCUAUGAUAAAAUGUCCCCUUUUGAAAAUGGCCAAACCGAACUAAAAGGAGUAUACAAAUUACCAUUGAAUCAGAUUAUUAAAUCCAACGGAAUUAAAGAUCAGCCAUUUUGUGAAAUGUGUGGUUUAAAAUUCAAUAGUCAAGAAGACUUGGUCAGACAUAUUUGUGACCGGAGUCCAAAUGGAAUUAAACUUCCUGAUUCCAAAAUUGUAGCUAUGCCACUUCCAUCACCUGGUCCUCUAUUGGGACGAACACCUUUAGUUGAGUUUCACAGAUCCAAGGAACCUGAUAUUUCAAAACCAGUUUUGGUGCGUAUGAGUAAUUUAGUACAACAACAGGAAGUGCUUGCCAUUUUCCAAGGAAGUCGAGCAAUACCUUUUGUGCCUGGAAUGCCUGGUCCACAUACAGUAAUGUCCCCUCAACUUCGACCACAGUAUGAACCAAAACAGACUGAUCCGCCUCCUCCGAAGAAACCGAGAAUGGACGAAGAUUUCAUAAUUUCAACAUCACAUCAUCAGGUAAUAAUAAUAAUAACAAUAAAAUAAUUUAUACAAAUUAAAAGGUCUAGAUACAUAUAUUUAAAAAUAUUUAAUUUAAAUUCAUUGUCCUUGUAAAGCAGCACAAAUAUAACUUCUAUUGUAUGUGUUUUGUGACUUUUAUUGAAUAACAUUUUUGAUUUGAUAAAAUUCAAAUUAGUUUAUUUUGUUUAUUAUAUUUUAAAAGUAUCAAUUCGUGGAAGUAUUUUUAUAUUUGAAGUCCAUCCAAAAAUGAAAAUUGGCGGGUUAAUUCUCAGGGUCACAUAGAGGCAUAAUUAUUAAAUAGUUUAUUGAGCUCAUUUAUUUGUUAUUAUUUUUCAUUCUAAUUUAAUUUAUGCUAAUUAAACGUCUGUUUUUUUUAUUUAUACAACACUUACUUGUGAAUAUAAAAUACAAUUUUAUUGGUACCAAUGGUACUUAUUAUUUUGACAUGUAAAUUAUUUGAGAGAAUUGAACCAUUAUAUUUCAUUUUGCAGUAAAUUCAUAUUAAGGUUGCAUUAAACCUAUAUUUACUGUCUAACAAGUUAGGUAACAAUUAUGUUUAAAGAGAAAUUAAAGAAAAUAAUUUUUUUAAGGGCCUCUUAUAGUUUCUGAAAUAUAAUCUAACAAAAAAGUUAAAAGUUUAAAAAUAUUAUAAAAUCAUCUUACAAUUACUCUGUAGCCGUUUAGGAUAAUAUUUUACGUAAUAAAAAAAAAAAAAAAAAAAAAAUUGGUUAUAAUUAUUACUGCUGGAAACAUUAAAUGUGUUUAUACUUUUUUAAUUAUCUUGAUUUAUUUAUCGAGUAAAUUUAUUUUACUGGUAAAUUUUCAUCUAUUUAUUUUUAAUUAGGUUUAUGUAUAUGUAUGUAAACAAUCUUUUGUUGUUACUUUUGUAUUUUAGUACCUAGUUGGCAUUGAAAUUAAUAGGGUUUGUGUAGUUUUACAUUUUUAAUAACCAGUAAAUUAUGCAAGUUAGAAUUCAUGACCCAUUUAUCACCUUGAGUAAUGAUUCAGUUAUUGUGGCUAGUUUAACACACAUAUGACUUAAUAUAUCUACAUAAUAAUAUAGUCUUGAAUAGUGGCGUAUUUAUGACUUAUUUUUUGGUGAGUAGAGGGCUGCAUUAUAACAAUUUAGAUGACCAAAUUCAUCAAAAUCAUAUCAAGUGCAAUGUUAUUAUAGAAUUUGUGUGUUUACAGGGGAGGGACUCCCUAACCUUCUUGUAAAUUCUCUACUAGUCUUAAACAUUUGAUAAAUUUAAUUACAUAUAAUUUAUUUUUCACACAAUAUACAUUGUAAAUUUAUAUUAAAUAGGUACAAUUUAUAUUAAAUUUAUUUUUAAUUGACAAAAAUGGUUUUUACAGAUUUUAACAACUACUGUAACGUCUGUAACUACUACUACAGUGGCUCAGAAAUUUGUACGACCAACAUCAUUAGCAUUCAAACCAGGAACGUUCUGUACUAGUCGCUUGUUGCCUGUGGUUAGUCCAGAUACACCAAGACCAAAAAAGAGCUAUCAACAGUUGUAUUUAAAUGGUCACGCUUAUACAUAUCUUGGAUUAAAAUGUUCAACAAGAGUAUUUUAUUGCACACUGACCAAAUGUCAACCUACAUACACAAUACUUCCAGAAGUGAAUACUAUAUCAAUGUACUCAAAUUGGAAGGUAAAUAUUAUUGAAUAGAAAUGGAUAGAAAAUAAAAUAAUGUUAAUGUGUAAAUUCAAAAAAAUGAAUUAUUCAUUUAUAUCAUUUUAGAUUUGUUCUGAUAUGGGAAGUAAUAUGUUAGGUGUUCGAGGUAUGGACUUAUAUAAUUCAACCCAGCGUAAUCAUAAAUAUACUCAAGCUGGUCAAUCUCAUGACUAUAUAGUUGCUCAUUCUUCUUACAAGCAUCAAAAAGUAUGUGACUCCAUGGGUAAAUUAAAAAUUUGUCCAGGAGGUUUUGAAUCCAAUGAAGAUUAUGUAUAUGUAAGAGGCAGAGGAAAAGGGCGAUAUGUAUGUGCUGACUGUGGUAUACGUUGUAAAAAACCUUCAAUGCUCAAGAAACAUAUCAGAACUCAUACAGACUUAAGGCCGUAUACAUGUACACUUUGUACAUUCAGGUAAUAAUUGUAGAAAAAUAAUUUUUUAAUGUAACAUUAGUUUUCAUAUUUUAUUUUGUUUCUAUAGUUUUAAAACUAAAGGAAAUCUGACAAAACAUAUGAAAUCUAAGGCACAUUUCAAAAAAGGUGUUGAACAGGAACAGGAUCAAAAUCAUAUGUCCAUGGAUGAUAUCAAACAACUCGAUUCUGAAGAUAUGGAAGAUUAUUCAGAAGACAAUAUGGAUGAAGAUAGUGAUGAUGAAGAUGAUGACGAGGAAGUGGUAGAUAAACUGGGUUGGCGUAAAACUCAAUCAGAUUUUGAUGCUGCACGUUCGCUAUUAAGACUUUCACAAGUCUGUCCAUCACAAAUAUCUCAAUCAAAUCAUGCAAAAGCAGGAAUUUUGCCCUAUGAUCAUCGACCAGUAUCAUAUCCAUAUCUAUCUCCCUUAUUAGUACCUGAGCCUGAAGGUCUAAACAAUCAUCAAAAUCAAAAACCAAUUAGCUCACCCUUACAAUCUGGAAACCGUGUUCAAAUUGUCGAAGUAUCUCCUGUGGUUCAACCUACAACUAUAGUGAAUAAUACAGAAGUAAUUAGAAAAACACCCACAGAUUUGAAGCAUAAUGUAAAUUCAAUUUUAAACAAUAGCCCAAAAGUUGUGGCCAAUAAACCAAUAGAUCUUUCACGCUUUGGAGGUAGUAAGGAACCAGAACAAAUAAAUAAAUCACACGUUGUAGUACAAUCUCCGAAAAAACCUAAAGCAUUAUUUCGACAACCUACAACAAAUGGUCCAUCACAAAAAUAUACUAGGUGUUUAUUAAAUAUUAUUAAAUUGCUUCAUACAAAAGUUAAUUACAAUAUUUUUGAUUUUCAGUAUUCUUGAAGAUGGACGAAGUAAAUGCAUGGUGUGCGAUAAGGUGUUCAACAAACCUAGUCAAUUACAAUUACACAUCAAUAUACAUUAUUUUGAGCAACCAUUCCGAUGUGAAAGCUGCAAAGAAUCAUUCCGAACUAAACAUUUGCUUCAAAAACAUUUGGAUUCUAGCUCGCAUUUGAAUAAAGUAAAACUGUUUACUAAAUUUUCAGAGAAUGUAAUAAAAUAAUAAAUAUUAUUCAUUCAUAGGUGAAUAUGAUGUCAACCCAAGGCCCUGUUAUUAAAAAUCCUAGACCAUUUGAGUGUGCUGAUUGUCAAGUUGGUUUUAGAAUCCAUGGACAUUUAGCUAAACAUUUACGAUCCAAAAUGCAUAUCCUUAAAUUAGAAUGCUUGGGAAAGAUACCUUUUGGAACAUAUUCUGAAAUUGAACGUUUAGGGUUGAAUUUGAAUGAUAUUGAUACAACCGACUGUGACAGUGCACUCAAGAGCUUACAAGCUAGCCAAAAAGCCAUAUAACCAAAUAAUCAACCAGAGUAUGUUAACAUUUUAUCAUUUUGAUGUUGUUAUUUUAAUAGUGUGAAAUUAAUUUUGCAGGUUAAUAUUAAAAUUGAAUAAAUGUUUGUGUGAGAUUUAUGAAGUGCUCAACACGAAAAUAAAGACUGAUCUCUAGAGUUCGAGGGGUCGAACAACUAGAAAACUGUGAUAAAGUUACAUGAAACCACCCUAAAGGUUUAGCCUAAUCACAGACCACUAAAAAAAAACUGAGCGUUUAUACAAUAUUUUUUACCCAACCUAUGAAUAUAAAUUUAAUUUAUAUUUGAAAAUGGGCAUGUAGAAAAUAAUUUUAUUAAUGAUAUCUAAUAUAUAAGUUAUUAUAUAAGUUUAGUGAAUAUGUAGUAAUGUAGCCAAUUAGAUUUGGUCAAAAUUGUGUAACAUAUUAGCAAAAAAAAUGGAACCAUGUAGCCUGUUUAAUUAUGUCAAUUCUCAUGAUGAUCUUCCUUAUUUUAUUGUUUUAUUUAUGUUUUGGUUUUUAUUUUUUAAGUAUUUAAUUACAAUUUUUAAUUAUAUUGUAAAGUAUUUUUUGUGACAUAACAAUAAUGCUCAGUUGAAUUGUGGAUAUGUGUAUUGUGUAUGUAAUGUAUUAUUUUUUGGUAUAAUGUUACUGAAAUUUGAAAAUAUCUAUUGAAAACCCACUUAAUUCAAAUAAAUCCAGUAACUAUUGAAACCAUACAUUUUCUUAAUUAUUUAUGAUUUUAUGUAC